CACAGAUCACAAGGGGGCAUUUUCUUUUUUCUUAGUCCUUAAUAUCUUUCAGCCUCCUUAAUUAAGUCACUUUGGCAAUUUUGUGCGGCUCUACAUGGCCCGCACGUCACUAUUUUUUUCCUACCAUUCCCAAGCUACUCAUCUCCAUGCCUAAGAAAACCAAAUAACAGUGUCUAUCUAUGCUCUUUGCAAUAAUAUUCAAUUGAAGUCAUUUUAUUUUAAUAUUGUUCUUGGAAAAGCUGUGAUGAAUUGGUUAUUCUGCUUUGUGUCUGCAAGCUCGUUAAGUUCAAGAAUGGCCCAUGUUCUCUAUCCGUAUGGGUGGUCUCAUAUCAGAUGGAAAAGAAUCAAAACAUCUCUGUGUACCGAGAGAGACUGGACAAGACACUGGCAUCUCAUGAUCUUGUCAAUGAGGAGAAUCUUAGGACCCUUGUUAAGAAUCAAAUGUUACAGUCAUCAAAAUGUGAAAUGGAAGGAAAUAUCGACAAAGUAGUAGAAAAGAGAACUAAUGACUUAUCCAAUUUUCUUGAGAUGCUGAAGAGUGCUUCGCUUAAUGGUGAUGGUGAAUCAAAAGCUAGAGAAACAUGUCAUCUAGGUUGGAAAUUAAAACAGGAUACAGAAGAGUAUCGUGUCAUGUAUCGUGAAGGACCAGAAGGCACUCCCUUUCAUUCACUACUUGUUGAAGGCUAUGUAGAUGGGCCAGUGGAUGUUUGUUUAUGCAUCUCAUGGGAGUCAAACCUUUACAAGAAAUGGUGGCCCCAGUCUAGCAUUCCAGCAUUCAAAAUUACCUUUUCUGAAUGUUUACAAAAAGUCCGAAUUGGUGAACAAAUAUCUUUGGUGAGGAUGAAGGUUUCAUGGCCGCUGUCAGCCAGGGAGGCUGUUGUGCACUACUUUGAGUUUGAAUACUUUCAAGAUGAUCUGAUUGUUGUGCUUCUCAAUUCGAUCUCAGACUUGGAAAGUGUUGAUAGAAGUACUCAUGGGUUCACCAGAGAUGGGAUACCUGAUGUACAAGAUGUGGUGAGAAUUGAUAUGGUCGGAGGAUUUGCUCUGCAGAAAGUGAAUGCAAAUAGAAGCUACUUCAGGACAAUAUCAAAUAUGGACAUAAAGCUGGACUUUGUUCCUCCAUCCUUCAUUAAUUUCAUUUCAAGGCAGCUAAUAGGCACUGGAUUCAGGCUCUAUCAGAAGGAAGUUGCUUCUCUGUCUAAAGGUGAUGAAGACUUUGGCAAGGCUUUAGAAGAUCCGCUGUACACUCGAAUACGUGAAGCUCUUUAUUCAGAAAAUAAACAAAAUAGGGCCAUAGAACUCGAAGAACCUUGCAGUCUUCCUGAAGAACAUGCUAUCGAACCUAUGCAAGCCGAGGAAGAGAAUAUUACUACGGAAGUUUUCAGCAAUGACCAUACAACUGAUUCAGUUCCAGAGGAUAUUAUAGCUGUGGAGUUUGGCGUUUGUGGUGAAAUUGAGGAGAUAGAAGAAGAAGAAGAAGAAGAAGAAGAAGAAGAAGAAGAAGAAGAUAUUGAAAAAUGUACACACUUGGAACAUGACAAGGAGAUAUAUAGACAUUCAACUAAUGAAAUUGUGGAAAGGUAUUGUGGGAACCAUAAAAAGAAAGCUGCCAUCCGCCCUGAGGUGAAACACGCACUGGAAUCACUAGAGAAAAUCAUUUCCCUCUAUCGAGAAUAUGGAGUUACUUCAAAAACCAAAUCCCUACAGGGCUUGGGCAGAGAAAAAAGCCAAAAGAAUGAGAAGACUACUGUGAAAGAUUCAGAUUCUCAAGAAGGUCAAAUUAGUUCAAACAAUGGAGUUUGUGAUGAAGCUCCAAAAAAUAAAAUGGACAGGUCCCCAAAUGAGCCUAGGAACAGCUGUAGCAGCCUUUGCUCCAGGCGGUCAGGAUCAAAUUCUUACUCAAGGGAGGCCAACCAUAACAAGAUAGUACCAGCAUCACCAGAAAAAGAUAUACCAAGUAUAGUUGAAAUGCAGCAGACUGGUUUCUGUUCCUCCAACAAGGAGAUGAUAGAAGAAUCACCAGUUGUGGAUGGGACUACAAGUGGUAGUAAACUGGUAGUCGCAGAUUCUAAUGGAGUCUGCCAAAGUAGUCCCAGGAAAGUAAAGAACAGAAGGCUGAGGUCCUGCUGCUUCCAUUUUGUUUCCCUGCAGUUGGGAUCCUAGCAAGAGUACAGAUUUCUAGUUGCCACAGCCCCUCAGCGAUUUGUAACGUCUUAUAGAAGACAAAAACAGUAAUUCUAUAUGCUUUAACUCGAUCCUAAGUUUUUGUCAGCCAUUGAUGAACAAGUACCCGCAUGAAAAACUGUAGAAGAUUGGAUGCUUUGCCAAAAAAGCCAUUGUAGAUGAAUUUUCUUGCAAAUUCUGGUAUUACCAUACUUGUGUUGAAUCGUGAAGAAGAUGAAUUGCUUUUCUGGGCUAUGUUCUUUAUGCAAAUUUUUUCAGAGGCCCCUGAAACAUAAGUGUUAAGUAAGCUCAGGAAAGUUUCUGCUAGGAAAUCAACUGUAACUGUGUACUGAAUUGAGAGAGCAAUUCACCAAGAUUGAUGCUUUAUGGCUAUGGCGCUUUCUUUCCUUGGAAAUGUAAAUGAAAUGCUCCUAUAU